GUUUAGUUUUGACUCCUCUGAAACCGCGUGGUUUCGUGUGUUGCCUUCGCUUCCCCGUGUGACGAGGGCAGCUGCUGUCUAAAAGCAGCCGCGUUGAGGACAGACAGUUGGUCCGAGCUCAUCAUGAGGAUCGAGCUGCUGCUCGCUCUGCUCUCAGUCAGUGAAUGCAUCAGCACCGUAUUUGUUGGUCUAAUGGGUCAGAACAUCACCCUGCCCUGUUAUUAUGAUAUUAAACAUCAUGGAGAACGUAGCAUUUGUUGGAAUCGAGGAGAAAUACCAAGUUUAGGCUGUAAUAACCUGCUGAUCAGCACAGAUGGUUUUAAAGUGAAGCAGGACGUCAGAGGUUCCAGGUUUCAGCUACUCGGUCGACUGGACCGGGGAGAUGUUUCUCUGACGGUACUGAACCUCACAGAGGAUGAUGCUGGACGCUACGGGUGCAGAGUGGACAUCUAUGGCUUGUUUAACGAUGAGAAGCAUUACUCUGAGCUGACAGUUAACAGAGCUCCACAGACGACUGCAUGGACGGAGGGAAAUACUGAGACGACCACACAGCAAACGAUUUGGACUCCAGGGCGGACGACCCCAGAGAACAACGCAACUUCCCCAAACAACAGCUUCAACAGCGUCGAGGCUGAAGUGGGGAGAAAUUCAAGUGUGGUGCUGGUGAGCGUCUUGCUGGGGUUGGUGGCGCUGACCACAGCAUGUGGAGUCAUUGUUAUGGUGAGAAGAUGGCGAAAAGUCACCAAGAUGCCUCAGGUCAACACUACGAUCCAGUUCACCUCCACCUUGUCUACUCUGCACCUCCAGAGUAGAGGUUCGGUCGUGGACAACAUCUAUCAGAUAGAUGAAAGCACGGCAUGCGACUACGAGUACUGUCCAUGAGGAGCUCCGUGGACGGGCAACACUGUGAACAUGGAGGAGGAGACCCAGGCGGUAAAGUCACAGGAGAAUUCCUGCUCAUCUUGGUGGCGUCACAUUAAGACAAUGUGACGAUAAGUCUUUGAACCUGUAGCUUCACACAUUUUGUAACUUCCUGUAAAUAUCCAAGCAGAUUGUAAAUAUAGAAAUAUUAAACAAAUAACUAACGA